AUCUCGCGAUGGUUGCGAAGCAGUGGCGUUGUUCGGGCGAGCCGACGACGAGACCGUAUCUGUCUGGAAAUUUGUCUCGUGGGUUAGACUCAAACAUAUUCCGCGCAUUUAGACACUAUUUGUAUGUCCGAUAGGCUAGUCGUUUCACGUUUUAGCACCCGUCGGAGUUAGUUUCCUGAAUCGCUCUGGAGAAUGGCUGCUGCUGAGGUAAACGGUAGUUCUGCCCCGGCAAAGGAGGAGGAAGAGCCCAUGGAUGUGACCACAACACACACAGAGAACUACCAGACCCUCCUUGAUGCUGGGCUGCCCCAGAAAGUAGCUGAAAGUCUAGAUAAUAUCUUCCAGACAGGCCUAGUGGCAUACGUUGACCUGGACGAAAGGGCUAUCGAUGCACUGCGGGAGUUCAACGAGGAGGGAGCGCUUACUGUGCUGCAGCAGUUCAAAGAGAGCGACCUGUCCCAUGUACAGAAUAAAAGUGCUUUCCUUUGUGGAGUUAUGAAGACCUACAGACAGAGAGAAAAACAAGGAAGUAAGGUACAAGAGUCCACCAAGGGCCCAGAUGAGGCAAAAAUAAAGGCCCUGUUGGAGCGCACAGGAUACACCCUGGAUGUCACUACAGGCCAGAGAAAAUAUGGGGGUCCUCCACCUGAGGAUGUGUUCAAAGGCACUCAUCCAGGCAGUGGAACUGAGGUUUUUGUUGGAAAAAUCCCCAGGGAUUUGUAUGAAGAUGAGCUGGUGCCACUCUUUGAGUCUGCUGGUCCCAUCUGGGACCUCAGGUUAAUGAUGGACCCUUUAUCUGGUCAGAACAGAGGUUAUGCCUUCAUCACAUACUGCAAUAAGGAUGAUGCACAGAAGGCUGUGAAGCUUUGUGAUAACCAUGAAAUCCGCCCUGGAAAGUACUUGGGAGUUUGUAUAUCUGUUGCAAACAAUCGGCUGUUUGUCGGAUCGAUUCCAAAGAACAAAACAAGAGAAAGUAUAUUGGAAGACUUUGGCAAAGUGACAGAGGGUCUCCAAGAGGUGAUAUUGUAUCAUCAGCCGGAUGACAAGAAAAAGAACCGUGGUUUCUGUUUCCUCGAGUAUGAGGACCACAAGUCCGCGGCACAAGCUCGCCGUCGCCUGAUGAGCGGCAAGGUCAAAGUGUGGGGGAACCCGGUCACUGUUGAGUGGGCUGACCCUGUAGCUGAACCAGACCCAGAGGUCAUGGCUAAGGUAAAGGUGCUCUUUGUGAGGAAGCUGGCAACAGCAGUGACUGAAGAGCUUCUUGAAAAGACCUUUUCCCAGUUUGGAAAGCUGGAACGAGUGAAGAAAUUGAAAGACUACGCUUUUGUCCAUUUUGAAGAGAGGGAUGCUGCCGUAAAGGCAAUGGAGGAGAUGAAUGGGAAGGAACUGGGAGGAGAAGAAAUUGAGAUUGUCUUGGCAAAGCCCCCAGACAAGAAGAGGAAAGAGCGCCAAGCAGCUCGGCAGACUACCAGAAAUGCGGGGUAUGAUGACUACUACUACUACCCACCUCCACGCAUGCCUCCGCCAGGCCGAGGCAGGGGCCGUGGUGGCCGAGGGGGCUAUGCCUAUCCACCAGAUUACUAUGGCUAUGACGACUACUACGAUGACUACUAUGGCUACGACUAUCAUGACUACCGUGGUGGCUAUGAAGACCCUUACUACGGCUACGAAGACGUGUACACCAUGAGGGGCCGUGGUACUCGUCCCAGCAGGGGAGGUCCACCUCCUCCCAGGGCUCGUGGAGCUCCACCGACACGAGGCCGGGGUGGCUACGCCCAAAGAGGGCCACCCCUCGGUGGUCCGAGGGGUGGCCGAGGAGGGCGGGGUGCCCCUUUCCAGCCUCAGAGGGGCCGCGGUCCUCGCGGGGCCAGGGGCAAUCGCGGCGGAAACGUCGGCGGAAAGAGGAAGGCAGACGUGUUUAACCAGCCUGACUCCAAGCGCCGCCAGACCAACAACCAACAGAACUGGGGGUCCCAGCCCAUCGCCCAGCAGCCCCUGCAGCAAGGGGCCGACUAUUCCGGUAACUAUGGUUACAGUAAUGACACCAUGGAGUUUUCACAGGAUUCUUAUGGGCAGCAGUGGAAGUAGAUGCACCAAAAGGUAUUUGGCAACAAAAAAAAAAAGAAAAGAGAAAAAAAAAAGAAAAACAACAAUAAAAAAACAAACAAACAGGAGAUUGGCCACAAUGUUUUUGAUUGACUUUUUAUUCUUCAUCCUUCGUGAAAAAAAAAUCUGUAUAUAUCUCAGAAAAAAUAAAAAUAAACGGACAGACCCCAGAAUUGGCUCAAGAUGAUUGGCAGGAAAGCCUUUUGGCUGAAGAAAUGAACGUAGCCGUUGUGGUGAAUCAUUUCCUACUCCUACGGUUACAUUGGGACACGUGUCUUUAAAAAAAGAAAAACACUCAAAAAACGCUUUUAUUGUUACUUUUUGUUCCUGGUUCUUUUUAAAGCCAACAAUGAACAUUUACACACAAAAAAGGAAAAAAAGUGGACAUUUCCUUCUCAAAAAGUCUGAGACAACAUUAAAUAAUGAAUAUUGCCUUGCAGGAAGUUUCUGUCCAUGCCCCUUUCCUCCCUUCUCCUUCUUGUACUCCCUUUUAUUUGUGGUUUCUCAUAGUUGCUUUAGGGACUUGCUUGUAAAUAAAUGCAUAUGGUAGAGCUUUCUUACGUCAUUUUUUUUCUUUUUCUUUUUGCAACGGUGGAGAAAAGAAUCCACAGGAAGGAAGAAAAAUCAAAGUUUUGUAAUGUUUAAAGUGUAUGCCUAGCAUUUCUAGAUAUAGACAAAUUGUGUUUUGUUUUUUUUUUUGUUUUUUAAACUGAUACCAUAACUUCCUAUGUUUUCUUUAAACUUGCCCAGUAGAAUUUGGUUUGGCUUACCUUAAGAGCCAUAGCAGUUUGUUCUCUGAUGUUCUUUGUAUUUAUAACUUUUACGUUUGUUCCGUUUCAAUAAAACUCAGCUGAGCAUCAGUCAAUUGUCAGAUA